GCUUUACGGGAAUCCGCUAAGCAAAUGUACUACGGGCGCAGCAACCGCUGACCGUUUCCGAGCCAUAUUCAAGAUGGACGCCGCUUUGGGAGCCAUCCUGGCCUUGGGUGACAAAAGUAAAGGCACUGCAGCGGUAAAUUUGAUACAGGUUUAUUUCAGCAACAUCGAGAGAAACCCACAGAAUGCUAAAUUUAGAAAAAUAAGAAUAGGAAAUCCAAAGUUUAGUUCCACCAUUUGGGAGGUUGAGCCAGCCAGAACUUUUCUUCUUCUUUGUGGAUUUGAGCAGCAAGGGGAGUUUCUCGUUCUCCCAGAAAAAGCAGAUAUCUCGGCAGCCAAGCUACUUAUUGAUGGGUCCCUGUCAAAUGCCGUCAAACAAAAGUCCCCAGGUGCUGACCAGCCUUCCCACAAUGCACCUCAGCUAGAUGAACAGUCCUCAACUCUUAAACUCUCAGCUCCUAAAGGUGCAAGUGUUUUUGAUCAGAAUGCCAAGGCUGAUCUGACAUUGCUGUCAUAUAUGGUGGAAAUGGGCUAUGACAGAUGUAUAUCUGAGAAAGCACUGAUUGCGACUAAGAAUACUGGUGUCCAGCCAGCCAUGGACUGGAUUUCUAUGAACCCUGACGUAGCUCUUGGAAAUGCUACAAAUAGUUCUGCUAUUGAGACUGGAUUAAGUGCAAUUGCGCCUAAUACCUCAGGUGCUGUAGCUGCACCAGUUGCCACUGGGGUGUCGGCCAGUGAUAUGAGGCCAGCACCUGUCUCAAGAUAUCAGAAAACAGCUGAUGAAAGACACAAGUUCCAAGAAAAACUCCGCCUUGAGGCUAUUGAGGCGGCAAGGAUCGAAAAAUUGGCUAAACAGCAACACAAGCAGAACCUGUUGAAAGAACUUCAAGUAGACAAAGACCGGGCGAAACUCCUGAAAACACCAAUACAGUCGACUGAAGAGCAUAGCACAGCUGAGCCCGGGGAAACAAGAAAUACUGUCCAGCAAUGUACACCAGAUGAGCCAGGCGUAGAAGAUGGUGUUGAGUUGCGCCUGCGGUUACCUUCUGGACAGUCAACAGGUUUGAAAUUAUCAUUCGACUCCACCAUUCAAGAAAUAUAUCGUCACGUGUGCAGGGCCACAGACAUGCGCAAUGGGGAAUUUGUUGUGAUGACGUCAUACCCACAGAUGGAACUGAGUGAUAUGGAAAUGACUCUACAAGCUACAGGUUUGACAUCACGUGCGGCGCUGCUGGUUCAGAGAAAGGAUCAGUUGGGCGUGGUCACUGAGGGCCAUGGGCAAGUUUGUAUGGUGAAGAGCAUCCAAAGCAUCGAGGACUGGCAGCGACUUUCUGCUGAAGCGACGGAUAGAUUGGUUGUGGUAGAGUUCUACGCUAGCUGGUGUGCAGAUUGUAGGUCUAUAGCAGAUCGCUACGAGUCCCUGAAUGCUCAGUACGGUAUCGAUCAGCGCGUGAUCUUCGCACGUGUUGAUGUUGAACAAAUGAAGGUGCUGAAACACCAACAGCGGAUUUCUACCCUUCCUAAUUUCAAGCUAUUCUGGAAUGAGAAGGUUUCCGUCGGACCUCCGGAAGAAAACAGGAAGUGACAAUGCGGCAUUAAAGUCUAUAUUGGAGGCACGAUUAGCACAAAUGCAAAGGCGACCAGUGCCACGAGUAGGGUAAUAAAAACCGCGAGUUCCUGCUUCGCACGUCGAAGGCUCCAGGAAUUGCGGAACAUGCUUGAUAUAUCCGCGGAACCCACGUUAGCUCGCGGGUAAGAAAUAUCAGGCACUUCAACGCCCAGGAACGCGCACAGUGGCUCCCACCCCUCCUCGGGAUAAAACACAAGCAGCUGAUUGGCUGGUAUAGAAGCAAUGACGUUAUCAUUAUAUUUCUGAUAAUCUAUUUCAUCCAUGAUGCGUUGAUGGGAAAGAAGGCGACCCCAUUUUCUGCCUGUUGGUGUUAAAUAUCGACAUAGUUUAGUCACGGGACUGUCGAGGAUAGGCUCAAUAACAUCAAUGUUUUUUUGUAAGCUUUUGCGCCUGGUUUCUUCAUCCUUUCGGACAGUCAAGAUUACCUUGGAGUCAGGAAAGGCUUUGAAGAUCUCUUUGUGAAAGUAGCAUGAUGGACCAUCUGUUGUGGCAUCGAUAUUUUUGUACAUCUCCUUGAAGUCUGGGAUUUCGCCUUCAAAAGCAGCAUUGUACUCCUCGCAGUGAUGUUUCCAGUGUUCUCUUAUAUCGUGUACAGUGUAGCCAAGAUGCCUUAGAGCGGCUGCUAGGGAUUUAGUGCCCGUCUUUGGCAGUCCAGCGCCUAUUACCUUCAUUGCUUCAAUAGUAUUCCAGCGAAGCCCCCAGCGAAGUCCUGUGGUUGAGAACCAAAGGCUCUGUGAGCCAACUCGUGAAUGCAUAUGUUUCUCCUAGUUCUUUUUUAUGUACAUAAAAUAUAAACUGGAUACUGAACAAAGUAUCGAGGAUGAGUUUAUCAAAGAUGCUGAGAGUAAAUAAAAAUGUCCUUUUUCGUUUUUAUUUUUUGCUAUGCGAUGACAUAGUAUCUACCGCACACUAGGUAAAA